AUGGAAAUAAAACUGAACGUAGUAUUCAACGAAGUUUUAUUGAUGAGGACGGAGGAACAUGGCAUAGAAAAUCACGACAAAGUGUUUGUCGACAAGCAGCAAAAUGUCCUAUGCGUGCAAUGCAUGAACAAAAUAUUUUUCAACAAAUCCCCCUUAUAUAAAAAAUAUGCGUUGUUUAAAAGUGUGAAUGAAAUAUACUCCAUAAAGAAUUGCCAGGACUUUCGGUACCACUUUUCCUUUUUCCUGUUAGAUCACACUUUGUUUCUGUCAAAUACGUUUAGCUAUUUGGAGGGUACGUCGGAAAGGGGCGUCAAUGAAAAUGGUAGCGAUGGUGAAAAUGGUGACACCUGUACUGAUUGGCAGCUGCGUAGAAACUUCUACAGGGUCAGAAAAAGCAACGGAGGCAAAAACUCCAACGGAGGAGGUGGUGGGAAUAAAAAUUGUUAUGCCCAUGCGGCCAAUAACGAAUUAAUCACUUUGGCCACCAAUGCAUGCAAAGAAUUUCUAAGCACCUGCUCUGAAGAUCUCUGUAACAUUUUUAAGGAUGCAAUAUAUACCUGUGUACUUGUGAGGUUAAAAAAAUUCUCUACCAAUGAGAAAAAAUAUUUUUAUAUUUUUAAAUUGUUAAAAAAAUUAAUGGAUGAGGUAGCAAUUAUACACACUACAUUGAAGAACGAAUCGGCAGUCAUUGAAGAAUUUAUAAAGUUGUUCGUGCAGAAUUAUUCUAUAUCUGAUGAUUUGAAAAACGAGAAAAAGGGCAAGGAUUGCUCUUCCUUGGGGGACCGAAGCAUUUGCCCAAAUGGGGGAAGCACCGACGAUGGUGGUGUCGAGAGUGAAAAUGGCACACGUGAGGAUUCCUUCAGUGACAACCACCGCCAUGGCAACGGCAACGUUAACCGCAGGCAUGACGAGGGGCUCCUCCUCACGCUGCAAAUUAUUUACAAACUGUGGGGGGACAAUUCGCUAUGGCAAAUUAACAAAGAAUUGCUAAAAAACUUUUUUUCGAAUCUUAUCAAACAUUUUAAAUGCACCAAUAAGAACACACACUUGUGUAACUACUACAUAGAGUUCAUUUAUAUAAUUACGAAAAAUUAUAAUGACAUAAGUUAUUUUUUUAAUACCAUAAUUUUUGGUACCCCCGAAAAGUUCGUACGAGAAGGCAAGAAAAGUCGCGAAGUCCCUCUUGUCCCUCACGCACGUUGCAACACCUCCUGUUCGAACGACUGCGGUAGCCAACAUCGCAUCCAACAUAACAGCCAACAUCGCAGCACUAGCAACACCCGCAGCGGCAGCGACAUCAGCUGGGGCAGCCAAAGCAAUACCCUCCGUGACCACUCCUGUUCUAACCAACUGUGCGGGAAAAAUGACGAACAUUUUGAGCCUUUCCAGACUGACACACCUGGCCAAUUUUUUAAACGUGGCCAGAAUAAUUCGAGUGAAAAUGGUCUUGAGCAGAGUCAAAUCGAAAAUAAGCAAUGUCAUCAGGAGGGCGGGAAUAUUUUCCAACCCAAAGGCAGUGAAGAAAAAUAUAACGAAAAAUACGAUAAGGAAGCCCAAAUAAAAUUCGAAAAUGUGAAAUCGGUGCGUGUGCAAGGGGGCAAAACCCGGUUGAAGACGUUUUGCCGAGGUAGAGGGAACAACACAUGUGUAGAUGAGUGCGACCAACCGGAUCUGCACUUCGCACAGGAGAGUCCCUACAACAGUGACUCAUUUUAUCACGCUACAUCAUCCGAAGAGGAAAAUUUCAAUGCAUUGUUUGUCCAAGAAAAGGAAGAAAACAAGUCGGGUUUCCAAUCAUCGCAGGGGAUUAACAAAUUAGGGAGAUGCACGGAUUAUGGGCAAGAAUUCACCUACGUGAAUAAUUAUGGGGAAAGCACCAAUUGCAAAGAAAGUGCUGCGUAUUAUUGGCACCCUUUUGGAAGAGAACGCAGUGGGGAUGAAGAUCGAGUAUCGAAUGAAACAGCGGCGAGGAAAGGUGAAAAGCAGCUCUCCAAGGUGCGUUACUACGAUGAUAUGAAUUCCACCACACACAGCGGUAGCAGCGGCCCUGUGCUGAAUUACUGUGACAGUGGCAGCACGACUGGAGAGGGUUCAGCAUGGAUUGAAGCGAGAGAAGGGUUGAAAAUGCUGCAACAGUUGGAGCAGUUUGAAGAGCAUGCACCGUUGGAAGAGCUUCCCCUAUUGGAGGAUCUUCCAAAUUCUGAAUCGGGCGAAAGGCUGCAACUAAUGGAACAGUUCGUCGGGGGGGACGCAGAAGGGUGCCCCGGCAUAUACAAAGGAGGAAAAGAAAAACACGAAGAGAUAAAUCAUUCCAGGGGGAGAAGCAGCCCAAGCAUAUUCUCCAAAACGUCCAACACCGAUUCGGACACGGAGAAUGAGAAAGACACCCUCUGCGCGGAAGAGCGAUAUGAAGCAGAUUCUGGCAAGUGCAGCAACAACACCCCUUUGAGGAUACCGAAGAGGAGGGAAAACAUCCAAAAUUUCAUCACCCUGUGUAAUAACUUACAAGAAACACUACUAAACAAUUUUUGCAAAGAUACUCAAAUGAAGUGCUUAGAAAUAUUUUACAAAUUCUGCAGCAUCGACAAAGCGAUUGUUAAUAUUAUUCUGUCCAACACGUCCCUCAUAGAAUGGGUCUUCGAUUUUCUGUCAAACACAAAAUAUGAAUGCUUAAGAGAAAAGACGUUGAAAUUUUUGGUUACCUUUUUUAUUCACAAUUCUCUUUUUGCUCAUACCCAUGCUCAUUAUAUGAUUGAUGUACUGAUCGACAUAAUUUUGAAAUACGUAAAUAAAAGGUACAGUGCGUAUAACCAGAUUAGUGAUGAUUAUUCGAACUUCUUUAACUUUUUAAAGGCCCUUAAUAUGCUCAUCGAUGGGUCUCACUCGUCACUAAAUAUUUUUCACGUGUUUAAAAUUGUAAAUAUAGUUUCCUUCCUGGUGGUUGUAUCAUCCCCCGAUACUGUUCCUAAGAGCGUCAAAGAAAUCGUCGCCUUUUUUGAAGAUUUUAUAUUCGAAAAGGAGGAGAAAAUCCACAAGGACAGUUUAAAAAUGAAACAAUACGAGGUGGAUAAAAGGGGUAACAAUGAAAUGGUUUCUCUGGCAAACAAGGAAGUGUUGUCCACCUUUUGUAUGAAAGAACAACCUGACGUGCUGGAUAGGUUUACUAAACAAAAACGCAACACUGGGGAUGGUUUCUCCGAUGAAAUGGAAACGCGGCACUCCCUCCUCGGCUAUACCCACAUUAGGAACAUAAAUAAGGAGAACCCCAUUUGGGGGAACAACCUAAAGGGAGAGAAGCCAAGUGAUGCCGCUCCCCUUGAUGAAAGAAGGAACCAAAAGGAGGAGUUAAACAAUCAAAUGAACAAAGUCUACAUAGCCAACAUUUCAGCCCUUUUUAGAGUCCUCAAAACAGCUUUAAAAAUAAUGAAAAUGGUAAAUGUGAACAAAACAGAUGUUUACGUAGAACUCAUUUUUAACGAGCAAAAUGAUUACCUAUACAAUGUCUCUGUAGCGGUCAUGAAAUUGCUCUUCUCCUUAAUAUAUAUCCUAAACAAAAAUGAAAAGUUUCUAAACAACCUAAAGAUAAUUGAUGAGCAGGGGGACACAGACAAUGGAAGUGACUUACAAGUGUUAACCUUCGUAAAAUUAACACUGUACUUAUUUAUCGAUUUGCACACUUUUUUUAAAAAGACUGUUAAGCAGAGUAACCACCCUUUCGAUAAGGAUAUCAUUUACUUUAUUAAAUUUUUAUACCUGUCCUGCAUUUUUAUUUUUGAAAAUAUAUGUAUAAGAAAGAAGCUCUUUCGGAAUGUAAGCACCAGUUUGUUCUUCUCCUCCUUCUUCACCCCCUUCUUUCACUUACUAUCUGGUGUUUUAAACCACGUGGAGGAAAUUGCGCCAUCCCCCGUAAGAAAAUCACGCAGUGCAACGAAUUGUGAAGAAGUACUACCGUCUCGAUACCACGAUGAAUGCGUAGCGAAUGACGCAGAGGAGUCUGGCGCACUAAAGUUUGAAAUGUACAAAAGGAAAAUGAGGAAGGUCUUGAUGAGGAGCAAGCCCUUCACCCUCUUUUUUCAGUACACCUCCGGCAGGAAUUAUGACCCCGAGUGUCACAGAAUCCUGGAGAUGCUCCUCCACGAAGAAGACGGAACGCCCAAGGAACGGGAAAACCUGAAGGACAUUUUGAUCGAAAUAAUCAGCAAGCACGACUUUUAUUUUGCGAAAGUUCUACACUUCAAUUUUAACGACAACGGGGGCAUCAUCGAAACGGUCAUCUACAUAUUGUACCUCUGUGUAACGUAUGAUAGGAAAUUUAUUGAGAAAAAGCUAGCUGUCACCAGGGAGGACAAUUAUGUGGAAAAUAUUUUUUCAUUUAACGAUUAUGAGGUUAAUAUUAACCCGCUCUUCCUAUUCAUGUCUCUAUCCUAUUCCUACUAUUUUAUAACCAAGGAAAAAAUAGCAUUCGUUUUUAAGUGUAUCCGAAAGGAGAUGCAUAAAAUUGACCUAUCUGCAUGGCUGGAUAUUAAGAAGAUUAAAAAUAUUUACUUAGCCUUUGACUGCAUUUUCUCCCUAAAAAUUAGCAACACCACUUAUAGCAACUACUUCUCCUUCAUCAUUCACGUGAUCAAAUUGGAGCUCUCCUUGUACCCGUCCAACCAGUCGGCGCAGGUGGACCUUAAAGACCAACGGGAUGAACAGGACCGGCAGGAUCGACAGGAUCAGAGAUUUUACUUGUCCAUUUCGAAAAAUGGGGAUUUGGUGCAGAAGAUUUUCCAAAAUGUAGAAAUGAACACCAUCGAAAGUAACCUCGCCAUAUAUGUAUACUAUUUGAUAAUAAAGUUACGGAAAUAUUCCGCAGAUCACUAUAAAACUAUGAGCUUAUACAAAAUGAUGAACGCUGUCAUCAGGCACAUGCACACAGUUGUAAAUACGCAGGAUGAAAUUGACGACAUCUUCUGUUUUUUUUUUAUAUUUUUCGAAAAUCUGGAAGCAUAUGCACAGACGGAUAUUUUUAAUAUAAUCACCUUGUUGCAGAAAUUGACGUAUUAUGUUAAGGCUUCCUUAGCCAGUUAUUUUGGAAAGGAAAACGAAAAAGCAAGGGAAAAAAGCAGCACUGGGAAGGAAGGCGAUGAUGACGUACUCCACGCUGAUCUCAAAUUUGAAAAUUUCUUCUUCUAUUUUAUUAUAAAUUUAAUUCUAUUCUGUAGGAAAUAUAAGCAAAUUCAAAACAUCAAUGUGUUGUCUUCCUCUAUAGCUCUGAUAGAGUUACUUCUGUAUUGCAUUCAGUUUAGCAAUAACUAUUUUGUGAGUUUAUCUUUCUUCAUAUUAUCUCUUCUCAUUUUGCCUUUACCCGAAACGCCACAAAAAAGUUCCUUCUUACUUAUGACUGUCUCUACAUCAUUUGACAAAUGUGCCGACGAGAUAAUCCCCUCAGAUGACAAAUUAGCUGAACAGACUGAUUGCAGUGCUGGCCGAGAAAAAUAUGUCAUUAGACGGAGUUUGUUUUUUCCCCUCGUCAACAGUGCAGACGUCAUGAUCAGAGUUUCUUCCCUCUCGCUCUUGCUAUGUUUGCUUCUAACCAACGACGUUCUCCUGGUGGAAGACGAGGCCCUAGGAUUCUUCAUCACCCUUAUUAAUAGCUCCUAUUUAAGCGAGUGGAAUGAAACCAUAAACGAUUUGCUCUUCGCCAUAUUCAACGUCCUCCUACUUUCCUCCACUUUGAAUUUACAAACCAAGUCCUUUUGCUUUAACUUCAUUUAUUCCUUUCGGCCGUUUUUCUUAAGAUUCAUAUUGCGCUUAAAUAGGGAUCAGAAAAUUAUUAUCCACAAGUUGUUUUUCCUCCUCAUAACAGUUAAAAUAAAGCCCUUGUGGUUCGACUUGAAGGUCUACGGGGAAAGGGUACUUAAACGCAGGAUUUUGAAGAUCAUUCUGAACGUUGUGACCAAGAAGGACCUGGACCUGGCGACGUUUCACUGCAUAUCCUCCCUUGCGUACGAGGCCUUCCUCUCGAAGGGAUAUAAAACGAGGGGUCCUUACCAAAGCGGUGCAAAUAAAAACGUCAUAGACAAUUUGGAAGAAUACCUGGAAACGUAUAAAAAGAAUGUUAAGGACAACGAUAGGGAUGAUAUUUUCCACACCUCCUCUUUUAGCAAAUUCAAAUGUAAACACAUUGACGAUGACGUCGUUUUGGCUAUUUUAAAUGCGACAAGGUUGUUGUUAUAUCGAUAA